AAUGCGACGCAAACACAAUUUCGUGAUACAGCUUAUUUGUACAAUUGUUUGCAAAAAUAAGCUAUGGAAGUUGCGCAAGUAAUUCCUGCACCUGCUAAUAAUGCCGCGCUGGCAAAUAUAAAGAGUCCAGCAACCCCGAGCACGCCUUCCACGCUGUCGAUCAGCUCGAGCGUAGUAGGCCUUGCCUCACCAGCUUCGGCAGCUGCGCCAGUUCUUGUGUCAGCAGCUCCUUCGCUUGCUACAACCAGAUCGUCAAGUGUGCAGAAUUCGCCAAACCCCGUACUUAAAAAUUUGCCUAUCGAGCUGCAAAACGACCAAAAGCGUAGAAGCUCUUCGCGCUCCAUAAAACGCAAGCGUUUCGACGACGAAAUUGUAGAAUAUAGCCUGAUUCAACAGAACCGUGGCGGUGGCGACCUAAACCGUGGCAGCAGACCGCGCACCACAUCACAAAACUACGCUGGAAGUCUGGGAUCGUCGCUGCCAACAUUGCUUCAAGGAAACAGUCUUGUCUCUUCCACAACUGCCGCCUCUGUCGCUGCUCCGGAAACACCUAAAACGCCCGCUUCCAUAGACACUGCGCCCGGUACCCCUGCUUCAAUUGCUUCGCUAAGCGCCGCAGCACCGUCUACACCUCUCGUAGCUCAGCCCGCAACGCAGUUACCAGUCGCUGUGCCCGCGCCGCCAGUUAUGGAACGUGCCCCGGCCACAGAGCGUCGCGCACGUCCCUCGCGGCCGACCAACAACAAACGUCCACGUCGCAAUGGUCGUCCCUUGGGCCAAAUUGCCACCAAGGAUUUGGGUCGCUGGAAGCCCAUCGAUGAUCUCGCCCUCAUCAUAGGCAUUCAGCAGACCAAUGAUUUGCGCAUGAUUCAUCGCGGCGUAAAGUUCUCCUGCAAAUUUACGCUGCAGGAAUUGCAGCAACGUUGGUAUGCACUGCUCUAUGAGCCAGCUGUAUCACGCAUUGCCGUCUCCGCCAUGCGCAAUCUGCAUCCCGAACUAAUAGAAUCGGUACAGCGCAAGGCAUUGUAUAGUACGCAAGAGGAGGAACUUUUGGGCACCAUCAAAAGCACUGAAACGCCCAAGAUGGAACAAUUCCAGGAGUUGCUGGAAAAGAAUGCAGCUGUUUUUUAUUGUGCACGCACUGCCAAAUCUCUGCACAAUCACUGGCUGCUGCUGAAGCAGUAUAAUCUGCUGCCCGAUCAGAGCAUUCGCUCUCUGCAGACUACAGACCAGCCAUUAAGCUUUUCCGAUGCGGAGGAUCAAAUUUUCGAUCAUGAUUUGCACGACCAGCACGACGAGGCUUUGGAAAUAGAACUAACAUUGGCGGAUCGACGUAACAAGCGUGACAUACGGCUGCUGGAGAACGAAUUGUCACGCUGGGGUGUGCUCGUUGACUCCGUCUUGGGCCCCACUACAGCCACCGAGUUUGAUAAUCAAACUCUGGCUUGUCUAUGCGGUCGUCAUGUGCGCUAUUUAAUGCGCUCCAAAGAGAUUACUUUCGGACGCGAUGCUAAGGAUUGUGUGGUGGAUGUAGAUUUGUCGCUGGAGGGACCCGCGGCCAAAAUAUCGCGACGUCAAGGUACCAUUAAGUUGCGCAGCAAUGGUGACUUCUUCAUUGCCAACGAAGGCAAACGCGCCAUCUUCAUUGACGGCACUCCGUUGCUGACGGGCAGCAAGACCCGUCUCGCGAACAACUGCACCGUUGAGAUGUCCGGACUGCGUUUCACUUUCCUGGUGAACUAUGAGCUCAUUAACGCCAUACGACAGGAGAGCGCUAAAACAUCGAAUCCUUUGAAUUAACUUAGCAUUAGGUUAGGCCUGGAAUGGCAAUACAUUGUAAUUGUGAACGUGUUGCCGCCACAGCUGCGCUCUUAAUCAAGGUCACAUGUAAUGUAUUUCAUUCUUAAUGAAACAAGUUCUUGAAAGAUAAAUAUACAACACAUAGAUAUGUA